AUGAAGUUGACGCUGCUGAUCGGGGAGGUGGUGGAGGUCGAGGAGGAGGACGGCGUUCAACGGAUGAGAUCGAUGAUGCCGAUCGGGGAGGAAGAGGUCGCUUCACCGACGAAGUGGAUGCUGCCGAUCGAGGAGGCGGCGGAGGUCGAGGAGGAGGAGGAGGACGUCGAUCCACGGAUGAAAUCGACGCUGCUGGUCGAGGAGGAGGAGGGGGUCGAGGAGGAGGAGGAGGACGUCGAUCCACGGAUGAAAUCGACGCUGCUGAUCGAGGAGGAGGAGGAGGUCGAGGAGGAGGAGGAGGACGUCGUUCCACGGAUGAAAUCGACGCUGCCGAUCGAGGAGGCGGCGGAGGUCGAGGAGGAGGACGUCGUUCAACGGAUGAGAUCGAUGAUGCCGAUCGGGGUGGCCGUGGUCGCUUCACCGACGAAGUCGAUGCCGCCGAUCGAGGAGGCGGCGGAGGUCGGGGAGGAGGAGGAGGAGGACGCCGAUCCACCGACCAAAUCAAAGCUCGAGACACUGACCGUGGUCGCGGUGGAGGAGGUGAACGUGGAGGUGGAGGUGGUCGAGGUGAUCGGGGUGGACGGGGUGGUGGACGUGGACGCAACUCUGACACAUUCGACGCCGAAGACGAAGAGUCUGCCUGUGGACUUUUCGGCUUGCAUUCGGUGUCAGCUCGAAAAAAUCCGCUACGCUUUCAUCCUGGCAGCGAGGACCGAGCAUGAUGUACUCAAGUGUAGUUGA